GUGCACUUGCAGAAUAGUGGAGUACGAUACCUCUCCUUCGUUCAACUUCUAUUCAGCAAUGGUAAGAACACAAUAUCUUGUACAACCUUUGAAUAUCUCAACAUUUCUACUGAGAAUCUGCGGUCAAAAAUCUGCAUGUAGGAGGUUUUUCAGAUUGGACUUAAAACCCCCUUCUUGCAUACAGUAAUUACUCAAAUCCAUUCAUUGGCAAUUCAUAUUUUGUUGCAAGUUCAGAAAAUUCUGUUUUUGAUCAACUGCCGUUUUUCUUUAAGCUUCUAGGUUAAUUGAAAAGAUCGGCAAAAAAUCGAAACUAAAUAGUGGAAUUAUAACAGUUUGUUACAUAAUUGUGCGUGAAUAAUCCGCAAAUUCUCUGAUAUUGUCUUCCAGGAGAAUUCUUCGACCUAUCUCUUCGGAAAACGUUUCCGCAACCGAUUGUUUGUCGGAGGAUUACCAGUGAAUGUAAGCUGUUUUUCUUACUGCUUUUAUCCUCUAACAACGCUGAUCCUAAAUGAGUGUUUUUAAAAAAUUAUUGGGGAAGAUUAAGUUCAUUUGAUCAAUCAUUCUACGGGUGUUUACCGUGUAGUCCAAAUAAACCGCGGGAAGGCCCCUUGAGUUAGAAAAACAAUUGUGUUUCCACACUAUUGUAGAGUAGAUCGACCUUUUAAAAGUUACUCAGAGUCCUGUCAUGAUUAAGCCUAUUUUCAGUCAUAUUGCUUCACCGACGGUGUUUUCUACAAACGCGCAAAUGCAACGAUUAUUUUGCGAACGUGACUCGCUUGGUAUGGUUAUCCGGCCACAAUAGCCUGUUAUUUGUUUUUCUCGUUUUACGCCAUGAACUUUUGAUGUAAAGGAAAUUACGACUGUAAAGGAGAGAAAAAAAAGAAAAUGAGAGAAAAAAAAGUGCAAGUUUGUGUAUAGUAGCGGAAUUUGUCAAUGUGUAUGUUUAAUUUUCAACAUUCCACGUUAAAAUGUGGAGUGUGCAAUUUUUCUCGAUUUAUCUCAUAGAAAGCUUUGGAGUUUUUAUCUUCAACUUUAUCUCUUUUGUGUCACGACUGUAAUUUUGAUCCGUGUUUCAAUUAAAUCGUCAAUUUCUAUGUUUUACAGCGUUAAACUUCCGAGUUUUCCAGCGAGCUCGGCACAGCCAGAUACCAGCAUGUUAUAUUUGUUAGCCAUAUUGAAUUAAUUAUUCAAUUGGGAGGCGCGCGAAUUUUAACACGCUUGUUUUUAAUUAAUCAUUCUGAUCUGGCGGAAAUCUCGGUUUAUGUGGAUAGCUAUUGUUUUCAGUAGUAAAGAUGGAUUUUUGAGAGUGCAGUUUCUUUUCUUUUUUUAAGGUCUGGCUUAAUUUUUUUUUAAACUGUCCUCAACUAAGCUUGUAAAAGCGUUUGGGUGUCAGCUCCCAGAGAUGGGGGGGAGGGGUAGGGGUGAGGAAAAAUCUUAUUAACAUCAGAGUAUUUAAUUUGAUAAAACUCUGACAGUGAGGGUUCUCAGUAACAAUAAACCUGAUACUUCACCUGGGAUGAUGCCCAUUUUAAUGUACUGUAUGGGUCACACUUCUUAAUCGCUUUUAACCUAGGCAACAAGCUGCUUAACUAAACAAGAUAGUGUUUUUUUCUUUUAAAUUGGUUACAAAAGGCAGGUUAAGUCUGCUAAAUUAACCCUCCUCAAAUUUGUGGUAAUUUGUGACAUACACAGAGAUUGUGCUGCUUUUUAUGGCAAACUUAAUCAACUGAUUGGCCUGCUUUUAUAUAUGAAGGUCAAAUAACUUGGUUCUUCCUAAGGCAUGGUUUGGUGUUGUGUAAUCAUCACAUUUGAUUAAUAUUUUUGUGAUGUUAUUUUGCAGACUACUGCUCAUGAAUUGGCCAAUUAUUUUUCCAAUUUUGGACAUGUCAUAGAAACCAAAAUUAUCUUUGAUGAAAACAAUGUUUCCAAAGGGUGAGUUUUUUAUUGCUUGGUUCAAUUGUAAGAAAUCUGUUUUUUAUUAAAUAUGCACAAUGAGAACAAAAGUUUUAAAUCUUGUUUGUGAGAGUUUUUUGGGUUAAUUGUGAACUGUUCUUACAUCUCUGGAUGUGCCGAGGAAAAGUGAGAUUUUCAUAGAGGACCUUGGCUUUCAAGCCGUUAGUCAAAUAAUGAAUUACAGGGUUGUGAAAUAUUUUCAGAACAGAUCAUAAAUUCUUUUGAUGCAUGAUUGUAAUGGUCAACUUUUUUCUUCCUUAUUGCCUGACAGAUAUGGAUUUGUCACUUUUGCCUCAGAAAAAGAUGUUCAUAAUGUUACAGAGAUGGUAAGAUAUUUGAGAGUGAUUGUUUCCAAAGACAGCGAGAAUGUGCGUGCCUAGCUAGCCAGAGGUGGAGCUAGAAAACCCUAGUUUUCAAACCAGUUUGUUUUGAAGAGCAAUUUCUCAUGUCUGGUUUUUUAACAUUUGCCUUCUCGUGUAUACAUUUUUGAAGAAAAUAUAGCUUUUAAUCAAUGUGAUUAAUGAGAAUGCAAGACAUUUCAUAUGAAUACCUGUUUAUUGGCUUAAAUCUUCAAUUGUGGUGGCAGAUGUGUUUGUUUCAAUUCUUCACAAGGAUGGGAAUAUUUUCGGGACACCUUUGUAAAUGUUCAGGAAUAUAAUAUGAAAAGGUCCUCAUUUAUUGUGUCUGACUCAGUUUAAGUUGGUCAGGUGCUAAGCACAGAAAAUUGAAUCUUAAUGAAAGGAACUUUUUUUCAACUACAAUCACCUUUGACCAGCUGGCGCCCAUUGUGUCGAAGUCAGGACAGUGUAAAUUUCCCAAACUCCAGUGCUAAAGAGCUGUCCCAAACCAAAAGUUAUUUCUGAGUAAUUCUUAUUUAGAACCUAAACCACAACAUAAUGCUAUUUGGAAUGUGACCUGCAAAGCUUGACUCGCGCAAUGUUUAAUUUGACCAAAUUACCUGAAACUCACUUGAACCAAAAGUUAUUUCUGAAUCAUUGUUUGAAAUAUUUUGAAAUUCAACCAUAGCAUGGUUACUAUUUAUGACACAAAGUGCACAGCAUCUGCACGCAAUGCUAUAGGAAACCACAAAGAGAAAGAUGACGCUUGCACGACCUAUUGGUUGACAUAGGCCAUUCUGGAUAAAACUGUCCAGCCCUGCACUCACUCUUCACUGGUGCAUUUUCCAAGAUCAUGAAUACCUGUUGUUGUCUGAAGCUGAGAAGGGAAAAAGAAACAGGAUAAUAUUGUCACAUUUUGCACUGCAUUUGUAGUUCCAUACUGUACCUGCAAGACUUGAAUAAGAAACUAUUGUUUUGUAAUGGUUACGUAAUCGUCCAGCUCAUCCCUUUUUAUAUGAAUUUAUUUGCAACCAUGUUUAGAUUUAAGCCUUGCAUAACAAUGCUUUGAGAGAUGGGGGUCAUGAUUGAAUAAAAAAAAACUCUUUGACUGAGUUUGGUCAAGGCAGACAAGAUUAUAUGGGUCUGACAUGACACAUGGACCUUACUGUGUCUGGUUCAUGCCUCUACAACCUCAAGCCACUAAUUUUCCCAUUCCACCUCCCACUUAAUCAAUGAGCACAUACAUUGUGCAAAGUUAGAGGAAAAAGACUGAAAAAGAAUUAAUUGCUAACAACCUAACAAAAGGAAGUCAAACUGUUCUGAUACUUUGCAUGGACUCCCUAUUUAUCUUGAUUAUGCUUUGUGCCCUGGCUUAUGCUUUUUAAAUCCAUCACAUUAAGUAUGUAAAUAAUGCAAAGGUAGAGGAAAAGGCUGAAAAAUAAUCAGUUGCUGACAACCUAACAAAAGGAAGUCAAAUUGUUUUGCUUUUUUAACCUUAAAACCUUUCAAAACCUAGAAGUGAUUAAUAUGUAACUUCUCUCUUUGAUAUUUGUACAUUAUCCAGCAAACAGGUGAUGAGAAUACUCAAAUAGAUCAGGUAGAAGUUUAUAUUGAUCCAACACCAAAUUCUCGUAUCUAAUUUACAAGGAAAUGUCUAAUAGCCUGAGGGGAGAAUUAACAAUCAGAUAUUGGAAGUUAGAGUUGACUCCCAUGAGUGACAAGGGCAGUAUUCUCCUCGUGUUAAAUAUUCAAAAUCAAGCAGACAAGUCAUGUGAUUAAAGAAAGAUAUCAACUAGGUGAAUAUCAGUUGACCCAAUAACAGAUUCUCAAAACAAACAUUAUAAAACUUCUGUGGUAGAUAGUAAGGAGAUUCAUCUAUGAGAUCUUGUGAGUGAAAAGGUUAAAUGGAAGAGAGGACGGAGGCUACUUUCUUAAAUUCUUUUAAUUUGAUUACUUCUGUUUUGCAGGGAACUUUAUUUUUUCGUAAUAAAAAGCUCAAUUUAGGACCUGCUGUGAAGAAACAGGUAAGCUUUGAGUUGAACAUGAGCACUGUAUAUAUAUCAUAGUUUUAAGUGCUAAAAGAGCAAAAAAAAAAUCAGAACCCAAACUGAUGUCAUUUCACUUUUAAUUUAUUUUUUUUCCAGGGACCAAUGUCUCCCGAAUCACCUGAACUUGUGGUGGGUAAGUGGAAUAUGAUGAGAAUUGUUCUACUUGUGAGUGUUUCAUUGCAUAUUAUUCUUUUCAAUUCAAAUUCUUUGGGUUUAUCAAAGUUUCUCAGCGAUUUUUUGGCCUCUCUUAUAAAUAACAGUUGUACAGUGGUGUGUAUUAACCUUUCAACUCCUGUGGGUGACCAAGACAGAAUUUGUCCUUUCUAUAUCAUUCUAUACAAUAUCAUGCAGACAAGUGAUGAGAAUAAAGAAAAAUAUCAAUUAUGAGUCAUUUGCAGACAGAAAGGAGAAUUACUAAUGAGAUCUUGAGAUUUUAGGGGUUGAACAUGGGGCAGUGAGAGGAGGAAAAUGAUAACCUAAUACAAGUAACCAAAAGGCCAAAGUAAACACAAGCAAAUUGCUUGAAAUAUGGCAAAUAUGAAAGUCUAAAAGUGGUGAUUUGGUUUAACAGGACAAUGUAGUAUCAACUGAGUUGAUAACAUGAAUUGAUAACAUAAACUGAAACAUCAGCUUUUAAACUCUGCAGUGGCAAAUUUACACUAUCAACUGAGUUGAUAACACUAAACUACCCUGCUAUACUUUCCCAUCAAUGUAGCACCACAGUUUCUUUAGGAACUUAACCCUUAACUCAUUGGUGAUUUGGUUUAGCUUUGCAUCUCUUUGGCUGGGAGGGGAGCAUGAUUUCUCCUUACCAGUUACUUUUUGGGAGUUGAAAAAAAAAAACAAAUGAAUGCGAUUCUAUUUGACUUUGGUCAAUAAAUCUAAAGAAACUGUGAUAGUUCUAGAUCUCUGAAUGAAGAUUUUUAUUUUUCUUUUCUAGUCAACACACAAAUGAAAGGAGACUAUUACUACCCAGUUCCAUCAUAUACAUACUCUGAUGGUCAGUUGUCCCCAGCACCACAGGUAAGGAUUUUAAAACUUACUGGAAAACUUGGCUUAUGCCACAGCCUAUCACAGUUUCAGUCUCAUAAAGUGUAACAAGGAGGUCACUACUUCUAGCCAAUUGGGAUGCCAGUCCAUUAUAGGGUUACUUCCCUUUCUCUCUCCUUUCCCCCCAGCAGUUCCUCAGCAUUUGUUCAGUAUUCCCUGACAGUUGCACUACACUGAUUUACAAUCCUGGCUUCUUGGCAAGAGAAAGACACUGUGAUAGUGCAGGGUGUAAUGGCUAAGAACCAUACAAUAACCUGACUUGAGGCUUGUUUCUCAAAUGUCCCUUAUUCAUUAUUAUGAGCCUGAUGCCAUAUUUAAAACCAAAUUUUUAAUAUCAAAAUUUAAAGAAUAGGUACAAUUUGUUCCAUGAGCCAAUGGUUCAGUUGUAUUAUUUGAAAACAUUAAAUUUGAAAAACCCCAUCUUGAAUCAAAAUGGAACAGCUUUACAGGCCCAUUUAGUUACUGGGACCUUGGAGAAGCAAGCCCCUUGAGUGUUUAGCAAUGUCCUGGUAACUAACUAGGAUAUUCAAGCUUGUCAGGUAGAGGUUGGUCUCCUGAUCUAACACCAAAUUCUUGUAGAAAGUUAAAAGGAAAUUGCAGCUUGUGGGGAGAAUUAAUGAUCUCAUCUUGGUAGUUUAGGGUUAAGCCAUACCUCUCAGCUCUGAGUCCAACACAACUGGCCAUUGGGCUGUUUUAUCUCGCAGUAUAAUGAAAUACCAGCUACUGGUUCAUAAUUCUUCAAAAGCUGAACAUGGGAGAGUUAUGUGGUGGUUUUUCUCUUUUAAAGUUAUGAUACCCUUGGGCUUGUGACACUGUUUUUACAAAAUUUUCUGACAUUUUAUACUUCUGUAAUUUCUUUCAGUAUACAUAUCAACACCCAUGUCAGGUGAGGACUUGUACUGCUUACGGCCGUGGAGCUAAUUUGUAAAUAAUUAAUGACUCAUAUUUGUUAAUAUUGUAAAAUAAUUCUAGAGAUAUACACUCUCUUAUUGGUUGAAAAGUAUGCCAUAUCUUGCAAAAUUGAAAAAAAAAAAAAACCUUUAUAAGGUGACUAAUAACACUGAAAACACUGACUUGAAAACAAAAGGUGCAUGAUAAUUAAGUAAUUGGAUUUCAUGGAAAAAGCUCCGAGGAAGUACUCGUGAUAGCUAAAGACUUCUUUCAAAUUGUCUUGUAAAAUGUUGUGACACAGAGAAUUUAAGAUGUUGCAUUAAAAGUCACUUAGAACUUUAUUCCAUAUAUCCUUUGGUUACUCUUGGACUUUGUCUUUGGGAUAGGUUUGACAAUAUCUACCCACUCUUCAUUGAAAAAUUCGUAAAUAUGCUAACUUUGUACUAACGAGAUUGUUCAGGUGAUUGUAAAUGUUAAAUUCUGUUUGAUAAUUUUCCUCUAUUUUAUCACCAGGUUUCCUAUCCACUCCCUCAACCUGGGGGAUAUAUGUAUGUUUAUGGUAAGUUUUGUUGUGUGUUUCAAGCAUUGCCUACAUUUUUCAAUUCAAUUGAGUUCUCCUCUAUACAUUUUGGUCGGUUUUGUUUUUCUACAGAAGAGCAGCCUCCACUGAUGUUCUACCAGCAACAAAUACCUAAUGUGCAGAACAUUCCACAAGUAGGUACUCAGUUUGAUUUCAAUCUCAUAAGUGCAAUAGAAGAGAUUUCGAGUUGCUUUGCUGCCAAAGAGUGAGAUGUUUGGCUGUAUAGCCAUCAAUUGUGAUGCCACUGGUAUCACCUUCUUGCAGUGGAAAUUGUGAAAAUAUGAAGUAGCUAAGGUGUGUAUUUCUUUACUGUGAGCAUGUGUGUAGACAGUGCAUGGUUCCUGUGGCAUAUGAAUUUUCUAAGUUGGAAAAUGUUCAAAGAAAGUAUAAAGGGGAAAAGGUGUAAAUUAUACCUUGAAAUAUAAUUAAUUUUACUUGUACUAAACUUAAGCAGCAGUUUUCUAUCUCAAAAUCAACCGUUAGAAUAAAAAACUUGAUGCUUUACACCCAAACAUCAGUAUGCAAACUGUCCUAUGCUCUAUACAUUUCCUGGGGUGCUGACGAGGAGAGUUUGUUUAGCAAUAAAGCCCCUCUUUAGUUGGUGAUCAUUUCCUUUAUUCUUGUGACCUAAAUGUGUGAUUCAGGGAUGAUAUUGUGAGAGAAAUUAGGUACUAAUCACUUUUAGGGGUUAAAGGGUUAAGUGCUAAGAGCAUAAGAUUGUAAAAUUAUAAAUUCAGGGAUAAGUCAAGGGAUCUUAAAAUUCCUAUGAUCAUGGCAAUCAUACGUUUUUGUUCAUUUCAGGCUCCAUGUCCUCCACAAAAAAUCAACAAGAGGCUACCUCCAAGGAUGAGACGUUCUCGAGAAAACUAAAUUGAGCUACCUUCUGCAUCAGACAGCUUUCCCAGUGCACAUCAUCAUGCACAUCCUGAGCAAAUAUUCCCUUGAAAAACUUUGAGUAGACCCUGCUAUGUUGCAGGCUUGGAUUCAAACCAGGAUCUUGGUGACGAGUGUAUCAUUUAAAUAACAUCAAAUCAGAUUCAUUUGAUUCUUAACUUGCACAUGAUACAGAUAUUUUUACAGCUCUUAGACAGCUUUAAAUUUGUGGGGUAAUUUUUAUAUACUUUAAUCUUCCUGAGUGGAAGGGAUAAUUUAGGAAAGGGUUGAAGGGGGUUUGAGAACCUAAAGGUAUCAGCCAUCUCAUAACAUUCAUACAUCAUACUGACGAAAACUUUUAUUGACAUGAUACUUCAUUAGAAACUUUUAUGCUGUAGAAAUUUCAUAAUGUUUAUGAAGAUCUAAAUGCUCUCUCUGCUUUGCUUGCUUUUAAUAUGUUUCACUGUCAGCCAGUGUUGGUUCCAUUAAACCCUAGACCAAAUACUGCAUCAGAACCUUUUCUGCUGCUGCUUUAGAAAUUUCAUUUUGUAUGAAUAUUUUUGACGGGAAGUUACUAAUGAUUGUAGACUUAAACAGACUUUUACAAAAGCUGUACCUUUUUCUGAAAAAGAAAGCAGAACUGACAGCUUUGGUUAGUAAAAAGGCUUGAGUUUGACUUUCCAUUGUUUACAACAUCUUUUAUACAUUUAAAUAUAUUAUUAUCUAUUUUCGUGUACACUGACAACAUAAGAUGUAAUUUUUUUAUUGAUGUGUACAUGUUGUAAUCAUUUUUUAAAUAUUUAUUUUUUUUAAAUAUAUGGUAAGACAAAUCUGAAAAAGGGAGCUUUUGCAUGAAAGCUAAAUUCCAUGUCCAGCAGAGGAACCUUUGAAACUAGCUUCAAAUUUUACUUGAUUGUACUAUUUAAAUCUUGUAAUUGAAAGCACAGCAUGGCAUGAAAUAAUGACUAUUGAUUUUAACAAGCACCACAAUAUUUGUGUAUAUGUAUCUUUGAUAAUUAAAUCUCUUGAUUGAAAGCGCAGCAUGGCAUGAAAUAAUGAUGAUUGAUUUCAAUCAAGUACCACAAUAUUUGUGUAUGUAUCUUUGAUAAUAUCCAAGUGAUGUAUUUUGCGACACAAACGCUUUAAUUUGAAGAAAUGAAGAC